GUGGCCGCGGGAAGUGAAUGGUUUUACCCAGAGGGCCCUGCGCCGCCUUUCUCCGCUGGCGCCGGCGCUGCUCCCUGCUCCUCCCCGGCCAUGGCGUUCACGUUCGCGGCCUUCUGUUACAUGCUGGCGCUGCUGCUCACUGCAGCGCUCAUCUUCUUCGCCAUUUGGCACAUUAUAGCAUUUGAUGAGCUGAAGACUGAUUACAAGAAUCCUAUAGACCAGUGUAAUACCCUGAAUCCUCUUGUCCUUCCAGAGUACCUCAUCCAUGCUUUCUUCUGUGUCAUGUUUCUUUGUGCUGCAGAGUGGCUUACCUUGGGUCUCAAUAUGCCCCUCUUGGCAUAUCAUAUUUGGAGGUAUAUGAGUAGACCAGUGAUGAGUGGACCAGGACUCUAUGACCCUACAACCAUCAUGAAUGCAGAUAUUCUAGCUUAUUGUCAGAAAGAAGGAUGGUGCAAAUUAGCUUUUUAUCUUCUAGCAUUUUUUUACUACCUAUAUGGCAUGAUUUAUGUUUUGGUGAGCUCUUAGAACAACACUCAGAAGAAUUGGUCCAGUUAAGUGCAUGCAAAAAGCCACCAAAUGAAGGGAUUCUAUCCAGCAAGAUCCUGUUUCCAAGAGUAGCCUAUGGAAUCUGAUCAGUUACUUUAAAAAAUGACUCCUUAUUUUUUAAAUGUUUCCACAUUUUUUGCUUGUGGAAAGACUGUUUUCAUAUGUUAUACUCGGAUAAAGAAUUUAAAUGGAAUUACGUAUAAAUUAAUAUAAAAUGAUACCUCUGGUGUGGACAGGUUUGAACUUGCACUCCUUAAGGAACAGCCAUAAUCCCGUGAAUGAUUGCAUUAAUUAUUGACUGUCUUUAGUCCAUUGGAAGCUUUUGUUUUUAGGAACUUAUAGGGCUCAUUUUGGUUUUACUGAAAUGCCAUUUAAUUAUAAAUUAGCUGUAGAUAUCAGGUGCUUCUGAUGAACUGAAAAUAUAUAUCUGACCUGUGGGAAACUUCGGGUUUCUGCAUCUAUCAUGUAGGUGAUUAUAUAUGGAUAAAUUAAAAAAAAAUGAGUGGGGGUUUUUUCCCCUUAGACUUGAAAUAUUAUUCCUAUAUUGCAUGAAUGAGAGAUUUCCAUAUUUCCACCAGAGUAAUAUACUUGCUUUAAUUCUUAAGCAUAAUUGAACAAGAUACAAAAAUAUAUGCUGACUUACUUGUGAAGAAUGCAUUUAAAGCUUUUUAAAUGUGUUUUAAUUUGUGAGACAUUACUUAUUAAGAAAUUGGUAAUAACUACACAUAAUUGUUCUAAUCUGGUGGUAAAGGUAUUCUUAAGAAUUUGCAAGUACUUUAGAUUUUCAAAACUGAAUGAGAGAGAACAUUGUAUAACCGUCCUGCUGUUCCUUUAGUGCAAUACAAUAAAACUCUGAAAUUAAGACUUAUUUUCAGUGCAUUGUUUUAAAGAUUACAAAUAGCUAUUUCUUAAACUUGCUUAUUCCAAAUAAAGACAUCACUGUCAGUUUUUUAAAAAGAUAAUAGAGUGUUACAUUGUGGGUUUAUUUUUGUUUUUAAAUACCAUGCUUGGAUCUGAGAAGGGUGAUUUUUUUUUUUAAAUGGUUAAGUACAUCCCACCCUCUUGUCACUUGACAAAAUUCAUAAACACUAAUGACACAGCAUCUUCAUUUUUCUUACCACUUUAAAAAAUUAUUGUGAAACUUAAAAUGUUUAAAAUAUUUUUUUUCCUUCUUGAAACAGCAGGUUUUAAGGUUAAAUGACUUAAAAUUUGUUUUUGUUUUUUUUUUUUUUGCUGCUGCUAAGGCAGGUACAUGAUGGCUUGCAUGUUUUCAUAAGCAUUCUUGUGCUUGAUUUAGAAUGAGGAAGUUGAGGCAAUUGACAACAGUGUAAGUAGUUCAAAUUUUCUUAAAAGAUCAAAGAAAGAAAACUACUAUAUAUACAAAUUUCACAUAAGGGAGUUUAUGGAUGUGUUAAUGGAAGUCUUACACCAAGUACCCCUUGAAUUAGAUGUUUUAUUCUCUACUAGUGAAAAAAUGCUUUCCACCUUUGGAGGAGUGGCUGUUACUGAUAGGGUAAUGGAGGUGAACUUGUUGAAGGAGGAGGUAGAACCAGAGGAGUGAGGGUAGGUAGUCAAACAUUUCAUGAGAGAAGCUUGAAAGCCUCUGUAUUUUGUGGUCUGGAGGAGACCUGGAAGGAUCUGACUGUUCAUCAGUUCAUGCAGCAUAUUGUUUAUUGAGCCCUUGCUAGCACUGAGGACUCACAAUCUGAGUAUAAGCAAACAUUUAGUUUCUUUUCCACCCACUUGUACUAGUGUUGCACCCCUUUUCUUGUUCACAAGUACUUUGAUCAUGAGAGACCUGGCUAAGCCUUCUAGGCUUCAGAUAGGUUUUGUGGGGCAGCUGUUUCUUCAUUCCUGUCAAAGUAUUUUCAUGAGCUCCUGCUGUCUUCUGAGUUUUAACAAACAUCCUUUUAAUAAUGUAUUCCACAGUAUUCUCCAGGAUUAAUAAUGCCAGGUGUACUGGUUGGAAUUUGUGGAAGCACCUUUCUCAUGCUUCAGAAAUUAGAUAUGUAGUUGUUAGCUGAUUCCUCAGAGGUGACUGACAGUGAGGUUCACCCACCUCAGUGGUAGGUUGUUAGUUCCUAGGCAUGUAAGUGAUUAGAAGAUUGCGUACCCGGAUGCUGUCCUAAUACCUACUUAUCUUUACCUUUGCCAGUGUUUUAUGAAAUUAAGUCACUUAGAAAAGAAAGCAGAAACAUAAUAUUUGUAUUUGACAGUAAGCAGCUGGCUCUUUUCCUUGCUCUGAAUUUGAUUUGUUCCUCCUGUUAAUCUGGUUUAGGUGGUCCUAGCCCUGUUUCUCUUAGUCCUGUAUGCCCAUCUGAAACAUAGCCUGGCUCUGUAAUCCUUUCCAAUUUAGCCAGACUGCACCCUGGGCAGCCACAGUUGUUUAUUUAGGAAUUGUUUUUUCCCUUGUUACAAUUACUUUUGCUAUACUGUGUUUUGGUUGAUCUUUAAGAGCUUUCCAACUCUCUGAAACCAUUAGUGUAGCACGAUGUGGUUUAUACCUGUAUUAGCAACUCCUUGUUGCUGUUGGUACUACAGAUUCUCCUACAUUAAAGUCUUGAUAACAAGUGUAGUCUAUUUAGUAUCUCUUCUAUUAAGUAAUAAUAGUGUAUCAUGGCAGUAUAUCCCAGUAGUGCUAAGGAGGUAUAGGGGUAGAAACUUUCCUGAAUGCCCAAAUCUGGAUUUUAUUAAUAACGUCUGAUGAUUUUCGCAAUAUUUAACUGAUACUUCCCACUCCCUAUCCCAGAGUAAAGGAGAGUUAGGUCACAGGCUGCACAUAAACUGCCAAUUUGUUUGAAGUUUGAAUUACUUUUCAUAGGAAGGAGGUGGUUAUAGGAAAUGACCAGACAAUCUACUUUUGACAUGUAUCAGGUUUUACUACUAAAGCAUUUGAGAAGCCAAGUGGAUUAUGCCAUGAAUGGCCAGAACCUACCAGUCAAGUUCAGAUAGCCAGAUAAUGGUCUUACACAGAGCAACAGAAUGCGUGGCAGUAUGUCUUUUAAAAGCCUUUUCAGUAUUUUUCAGCUGAGGACCACUCAUUUAUUGUGACACUUAAAAUGUUAAAAUUUUUUUUUGUUGUUGUUGUCUUUUUGCCUUUUUCUAGGGCCGCUCCCACAGCAUAUGGAGCUUCCCAGGCUAGGGGUCCAAUCAAAGCUGUAGCCGCCAGCCUAUGCCAGAGCCACAGCGCCGCGUCUGAGACCUACACCACAGCUCACGGCAACACCGGAUCCCUAACCCCCUGAGCAAGGCCAGGGAUCGAACCCGAAACCUCAUGGUUCCUAGUCGGGUUCAUUAACCACUGCGCCACGAGGGGAACUCCAAUGUUUAAAAUAUUUUUUAAACAUGGAGCUUUGCUUUGCUCUGCAGAUCAACAGUGUGUAUUUUGAAAAUUCGUCACAUAAUUGCAUAGGAAAGAAAUAGAGAUGUAGAUACACUUUGAAACUAGCAAAUCACUUUCCUUGGUAUAACACUUCUCUUUUCCCCCAUAUUAUAUAUUUAUGAACAGUAUUCAUGAAUUAUUAUUGCCACAGUACUAAGAAUGGCUUCUGUGGAUUUCUUAUACCUUGCAGGGGAGUGGGCUUUCAUCUUAGGCGUGGUUACAUUCUAGCAGUGUGAUAUGUCAAGCCCAUGAAAAUAACCUGUAUUCAAAAGUAUACAUCCAAUUUACUUAUAUCAUGUAACACUCCAAAUGUGCAUCUUUCAGUUGUACAGUAUAAUUGUAAGAAGAUUUGACAGCUUAAUAUUUUAAAACAGCUCUUUCAAAGGGGAAAGAUAAAAAUAUCAGUACCUUGUCCAACAUUGUUCAUGAAAGUAUCCAUAUUCAUCCUUUGAGGAAGCUAUCAACAUUGUUAAUCUCAAAUAAUUUAAGCUCUUUUGCUGAAAUCAGGCAUUGAUGUCUGGUCAGACCAGCAGCUGAUGAGUCUGGCACUAGUGUUACAGCUUAGCAGAUGGUUCUGAACUAAUAUUCCGGGGUGGUGCCAAGGGAGAAAAUGGAGUUCCGUUUCUGGAUAUGUCCAGUAGCUUUCUUAGAACAGUUUUACUUUGAUUAAAAUUAAGUUUUAAAGUUAAAUGUCUACCAGGAGUAAACAACUCUGCUGCUUGUUCUGCUUGGUUUUGGCAAAUAGUAUUAACCACGUAUGGUGUUGUGUGGGAUUUGAGUGAAGGUUUUACCUUACUUCAGUUUUACUAAUGAACAUGGUGGGAGAUGAAGAGAACACCUAGACAUGGAAAAGACUAAGUUAAUUUUUAGAGUACACUGCUUUUCCUAGGUAUAAUAAACAUUUGGUUACUGUUUGUGUAUUCUGGGGAGGAAAAAUUUCUUGAAUAAUGAUGACUAGGUAGACCUUAAAACUACUAAGGGAGACACAGAAUAUAGUUAGCUGUGCUCAUGUUUUGUUAAUCUAAGUUAACCUUAAUGGUGCUGUACCACCGUCCAAAGACAAUGCCCUUAUGUUGUCCUCCCUUCUUAGAGACUGCUUGCUUUAUUUUGCUUUUGUAUAUUUAAUAAAAACUGUCUCAAAUGUU